AUGCCAUCCGGACGUCCACCAGGCUCCAACGUGAACGGCGUGCGAUUCCGCGAUCUCCUACUCCUCUCAUUCUUCGCAUCUAUCGCUGCGGCUGCUCUGCAGAAGCCACCGCAGUAUGCCUCGGGUACUGGACGAUCUACAGACGACAUCGUCGAUGCCGCUUCCGCCGUCGAGCAGGGCUGGCGAGUGGGCGCGGCGGACUCACUCCACACUCCCCACGCCGGUCAGCGAGGCUACCGCGAUACCGACGUAAAAGUGGACAAUACAAACAAUGAAAGAAAUGCGCGGAACUCCCGUUCCAACGAGCGCGCCCUUGCGACUGUGUCUCCGGCCGAAUCCAACCCGGCCGUUCGAGCACCGCCUGCACAGUGGGCGUCGGCUACCAGCGGUGCCGGCCUCACUUCGCGACAUCUGGCGCGGUCCCUGCAGGAUUGGCAAGUCGAGGACAUCAUGCUCCUGGCGACUGUUGACGGAAACCUACACGCAUGUGAUCGACGGACCGGCAUCCCGAGGUGGACGCUGGAGACCGACCGAGAGAUGAUCGAAACAGUUCGUCAUCAGCAGGAAGAUCCGCUGUUCAUCGUUGAGCCCACUCAGGAUGGCAGCAUAUACAUAUUGGCUCCUGGAUUCGGCUUACAGAGGUUGGGCUAUACGGUCAAGCAGUUGGCUGAUCUGUCACCAUACGCUGGGGAAGGAUAUCCCGCUGUGGCAUAUACCGCUGAGAAGAAGAAUACAUUGUACACUGUUGACGCUGCGACUGGUAACAUUCUGAAGUCGUUCAGUUCGGCAGGAUCAAUGGUCAAUGAUGACCAGAGCUGCCGCCGCGUCGACCCGCUGGGAGCUCUGGAGGGAGACGAAUGUCAGGCUGUUGGCACUCUGACUCUCGGCCGCACCGAGUACAUCAUUGGGAUACAAGACCGCAAUACUGGAGAGCCGAUCAACACUGUCAAGUACUUCGAAUGGGGACCCAACAACCGCGACCACGAUCUUCGAAGCAAGUAUACCCGCACGAUGGACCAGCGAUACGUAUAUCCCAAGCACGAUGGUCAAGUCCUCGGUGUGGAUCUGACCAAAGGUACAAAGUACAAGCCAGUACCAGAGCGGCCCAGUUUCGUACAAAAGUUCCCUUCUCCCGUGGCGAGAAUCUUCGACAUUGUACGACCGAAUGGCGACCACUCAAGAGAUGCCUCGUUGGUGAUCCUCCCUCAGCCCAUCGGACCAGCCCCAAAUGAGCUCACCGAGUUGGAAGCAGAGGAUGGCGUCUUCUUGAAUCGCACAGAAACUGGUAGCUGGUACGCUCUGUCCGAGGAGAAAUAUCCAUCCGUCACAGAUCGGGCUCCUGAUGCCGACUUUUGCAACGCCGACUGCUUCAACAAUGGCAUGUUCACCGGUGUGCACUAUUUGUCACCACAGAAUGGUCAUAGCGGUCUGCGUCAGAUUGACGGGAACUCAGUCCUGACGAUCGACGAGCCUCCCGUAGAUGAAGCAGGCAAAGACAUUCAAGCUAAAUAUGGUCAGCCGACGCCAUUUCGACAAGACCAUCAACUCACUUUAUGGACGUUGGUGUUGAUGCUGCUAGCUGGUCUGUCCGGCUGCGGCUUCGUCUACAAACAGCAUGGAAUUGAGGCCUUCAAGUUCAAUCGCGACCUGCGCACGGCGAGCGUCUUGCAGCCGGCCGUGAACAAAAUAAAUGCGGAAGAGCCAACCCAUACGCCGACCAAAAUUCGCGAAGAUGAGCCUGCUCAGGAAACCAUCUUCCCCCACGAGGAGACUGCGGCGCCGCCUUCAGAAGCUUUGAAGGUUCGGUUCGAAGACCCUGUCAAGGAAGGCAUUCCGGAGACCGUUCCUGAGGAGGACGUGCUUGAGAAGGUUGACUCCGAGGAAGCUUCUCCUGCACCCGAAGGCGACGAGACGAAAGAGGACGCAGGGCCAAAGACUCCCAAGAAAAAGGCCACUCGUGGUAAACGAGCAGGACGGAAGCAGAAAGAAAAGGAGCAAGCUUUGGUCGAGGCUCGAGCGAAGAAGAACGGUACCGAAGUUGCUGUACCAGCCGCCGCGCCAGUCGCUGCACCCGCUCAGGUCAUCAGUGUCGCUGCGUCCGAGUCUCCUCAGGUUUCUGGUCCACUCCAGAUCAACAGCCUUGUCAUCAACACCGACAAGGUCAUUGGUCAAGGUAGCUGCGGCACGAUUGUGUUUGAAGGAUCUUUUGAAGGUCGCGACGUCGCAGUGAAGCGCAUGUUGUCACAAUACUACGAGCUCGCUUCGCAAGAAGUUUCGUUCUUGCAGCAGAGUGAUGACCACCCGAACGUCGUUCGAUAUUUUUGUCAGCAGAAAGACGACCACUUUCUCUACAUCGCUGUUGAGCUUUGCCAGGCCAGCCUUUUCGAAGUCUGGGAGGCGGACAAAGCGAAGACUGAAGAGCGCCAUGUACAGAUGCGCACGCUGAAGCUUGCAAUCCAGCAAGACAUGACCAGGACUUUGCAACAACUUGCCGCUGGCCUGUGCCAUCUUCACAAUCUUCGUAUCAUCCAUCGCGACAUCAAGCCGCAGAAUAUCCUGGUAGCCUUUCCAAAGCGAACUCAGCCCAACGGCACGCGCCUGGUCAUCUCUGACUUUGGUCUUGGAAAGAAUUUGCCAGAGAAUGUCAGCACAUUGGUCGACCCUACAGGCAAUGCCGGCACAUCAGGAUGGAAAGCGCCCGAGCUCAUCUCUCAGCCUCGCGAGAAUGAAGGUCGCCACAGUCACAACACUCCGAUCAAUAGCGACAGCGGCGUCCUUGCUGGCGGUGGCGUCAGCGGAGUCAAACGUGCCGCCGACAUUUUCUCCCUUGGCUGUCUCUUCUUCUGGGUACUCACCGACGGCGUCCACCCGUUUGAGGACGAGAAUGGCUGGCAACAACUCCGCGAACUGAACAUCAAACGCGAUAAGAAGAAUAUGGAUGCCCUCAGCCGCUGGUCCGACGCCUACGAGCCCAUGCAAUUGAUAACUUCAAUGCUGGAGCAUCAACCGGAGAACCGUCCUACCGCUCAAGCCGUCCUGAAUCAUCCUUACUUUUGGCCUCCCGAGAAACGCCUCGCAUUUUUGUGUGACGUUUCUGAUCACUUUGAGCGCGAGCCUCGUGGGAUCUACGAUGACAACUACGCCGGCGACUCGGAUGUGCUCUGUGCGCUCGAAGACCGUGCAGAAGAAGUCAUUGGCGCACCGUACGCAAGAGCAGACUUCCUGUCAAAACUCGACCGACAAUUCGUCGACACCCUCGGCAAGCAGAGGAAGUACAGCGGGAACCGAUUAUUGGAUCUGCUGCGCGCGUUGAGGAACAAGAAGAAUCACUACGAGGACAUGCCGGAGAACGUGAAGAGAUUCGUGGGACCCUUGGCCGGAGGGUAUUUGGGAUAUUGGAUGAAGAAGUUCCCGAGAUUAUUGAUGAGCUGCUAUGAGGUUGUGCAUGAAUGUGGACUGCAGGGCAAUGAUCGGUUCAAGGGAUACUUUGGUUUGGGAAAGGAUCUGUGA